UGCGAGUGCGUGGAGUGAAUGGAACGAUGACGUCAUUCACAUCUGCGCAGCCACUGGGCGGAAAGGAAGCAAGUGCUAGCUGACGUACGUUAGCAAGCUACAAUUUCGAAGUCUGCCGUGGCUUCUAUGGAAGAGAUGUCAGGAGAGAGUGCCGUGAGCUCGGCAGUGCCGGCAGCUACGACCCGGACGACGUCCUUCAAAGGUUCCAGCCCCAGUUCGAAAUAUGUGAAGCUAAAUGUGGGCGGGGCACUGUACUACACCACGAUGCAGACUCUGACCAAGCAGGACACCAUGCUGAAAGCCAUGUUCAGCGGCCGGAUGGAGGUCCUCACUGACAGUGAAGGUUGGAUUUUGAUCGAUCGCUGCGGCAAGCAUUUUGGGACAAUCCUGAACUACCUGAGAGACGGCGCGGUGCCGUUGCCAGACAGUCGGCGGGAAACCGAGGAGCUGCUCGCUGAGGCCAAGUAUUACCUGGUCCAAGGCCUCGCUGAUGAAUGCACGGCUGCCUUGCAGAACAAAGAAACAUAUGAACCUCUUUGUAAAGUGCCGCUAAUGACGUCAUCUAAAGAGGAGCAGAAGCUUAUUGCAACUUCAAAUAAGCCUACAGUCAAGCUGCUGUAUAACAGAAGCAAUAACAAAUAUUCCUACACCAGCAAUUCUGACGACAACAUGCUGAAAAAUAUCGAACUGUUUGACAAGCUGUCGUUGCGGUUCAACGGCCGCGUCCUCUUCAUCAAAGAUGUGAUCGGGGAUGAGAUUUGCUGCUGGUCAUUUUACGGGCAGGGCCGGAAGAUCGCGGAAGUGUGCUGCACCUCCAUCGUUUAUGCCACCGAGAAGAAGCAGACGAAGGUGGAGUUCCCCGAGGCCCGCAUCUACGAGGAGACCCUGAACAUCCUCCUGUACGAAUCCCACGACGGGAGGGGGCCGGACAACGCCCUGCUGGAGGCGACGGGGGGCGCCGCGGGACGAUCGCAUCACCUGGACGAAGACGACGAGCGGGAGCGAAUCGAGCGGGUCCGGAGGAUCCACAUCAAGCGGCCCGACGACCGCACGCACCACCACCAGUGAGCUGCCGCUCUUCUUCACCUGAGGCCUUGCACUGCACCGCACUCGUGCCUUACCCCCCCCCCCCCAAAAAAAAAAAAAAAAAAACAACGCCUUUCUUACCUCCAUUACCAGGAGACUGUAUUAGUGCGUAGCUGCAGUGUUUGUUCACUCGUGUCACUGAUUUCUACUGGUGUGUAGAAGCUCAUAAUCACGGAUGUUUGUGCGCAGUAGCGUUGUUUGUGUAUUUAUCACAAGUGGUCCUGACAUUACAUCCGGGAGAUGAAGAAUCGUGAGCAGCUACACAUGUACGUACGCCCCCGUAAUCUUUUUUUCUCUCCGUGUGGCCAACUGGGGGAACGACCCGAGUGUUAAUCAAAAUGAGACCACGAGAUGACACUGUUUUUAUUCUUGUGUAAUUAUGUUGUAAUAGACAAGUGGAUGCAAUAUUUCCAAGUGAUUCUUCCCACCGUAUUUAGUUGUAACGUUUAUUUUUAAGUUUCUGUUCAUUCCACAAAACGUUUUGCUUCCCACGGUGGGAACUUGAGCUGUCGCCUGAGGUGUUGUAUGCACUUGAUGCUGAGGUUGGAGUGAAUGAGUGUAAAAUGAGAGUCCUGUCGACAUAACUUUUUUAAGAGGGGG